GUGAAAGGUCACAGUAUGGCGGAUGUGGUUAUCAAAUUGGCCACACGAAGAAAGUCUUUAGCGACUCAUUAGUUUAUCUUAGGAUCUUAAAAGUGGAACAGUCUUUAUAUUUACAUAGUAAUAAGUUUAGAAUUUUUAAUUUGGAUUAUUAAAAUGGAAGAAGAUGACAAUCCAUAUGAAACACUGGGUGAGGUAUCGUCAAUGACUACGCAUAUGCUUGCCGGUGCUGCAGCUGGGAUCAUGGAGCACUCUGUGAUGUAUCCAGUAGAUUGCGUAAAGGUGGGUUUUCAUGGCAUUAUAUUACUUUACAAACCCCCCAAAAAAACUUAGGUGUACCAAACAAACAUUUAUUAGAUAAUAGGCGAUACUGUCAACAUGCCUACACAAGUUUUAACUCAUUCUCUCCGGAAUUAUUUUCCACGUUCUGACGGAUUUAUCUAUUUUGCCCUUUUGUUACGCACUACCAUGUUGUCUCUAAACCUUCAUAACUUUUUUGUUUUUCAUCAGAAAGUGCUAAGUUUGGUAUGGAAUUAAAGGGGAAUGCAUGCUCUUUACAGACAAUACAGACUUAGCUUUAAAUUUCAAUAAAAACAUGUGAUUUUGAUUUAUGGAAAAUAAAAAUUAAAAAAAUCUUACCAAAUUUUCGCUAAAUGCUCAUUCCAAGUCACACGAAGAGAAAUAUUUAAUCCAAAGUGUAACAAAAAUUUUUUUUUUCUGAACUAUAUCCAUAUGUGCAUCACAAAUAACAAAUAUCAACUUAUAAAAAAGAAAAUAUUAAACACUAGAGUAGAGCACAUUAUCCAUUGUCACCGUCACACAAAAAAUGUGCUGUAAAAAAUGUAACUAUUUCCACUGAGUCCACUGGAAACAAUUUGUUGCUAUUAUAAAAUAUUUGCACUGUAUUCUUGUAUGUACUAACAUUUAUUAUGGUAAAUGGAAAAUGUACCAUACAUUUUUCAUAUCUUUUCAUAUGGAUUUAGCUAUGGUAAGCCUAAAAAACAAUCCAUAAUAUGGAUGUGCACUUUAGCUAGGGGCUGGGCUGGUUGUUCAUCAGCUGAUGAAUUACCAAUUUCAUUAUUUCGUCACUACUACUACUAAUACUAGUGCUAGGAUUAUUGAUUCAACAGAAUCAGCCUCUGCAUUUCAUUUGAAAUCAUAAAAUCACUGUCUAAAUCAUCAUCAAAGUAAUAAUUUCAACCUUUAUUAGAUCGAUCACCAGAUGGGUCAGGACAAGAUUUCAUGCUUGUAAACAAAAAUAAAAUGGACAAUGUAAACAACCGCUUCAAACACUUCGUUCUAUGCAAAACUUCUUUCAAACACAGAAAAACCGGAUGCUUAAUUAAGGGAAAUCAUUCUAGAAUGAAUUGAUUUUAAAUAACUAAAAACCAAAGCUAAGUAAAAACCGAAAUACACAGGUUUUUAUACAUCGGCGAUCCCAUCGUCGAUUUGAACUGAAGAUUUUGGAGCAUGGAUCCGGAGAGAAAGAGUUAAGUAGUUUCUCAGGCCCUGUCAAGUUGACUGCACAGUCAAGUCUAUAACUACUCAACUUAUUUUUCUAAAAAAAACAGUCUUAUAAAUUUAUUAAAAGUGUUCCAGUAUCAGUUAUUACUAUUAGGCUUUAGGCUAUUAUUAGUUAAGCCUUUUUGGUAAAGAUUAGGUUAAUUGUAUGGGGUUUUCCAAGAGUUGUCUCACCCUACUAAGUUUAAGUGCAGUGAUAAUGGGGGAAUCUCAACACUCUCACUCACUCAAUACAGGUCUUGGGGUGAAUAGACCAAUCUACGCUGAGCACUAUUCACAGUUAUUGUUAAAGAAAUUUUUUGAAAUUAAAAGUGCCACUCGUUUUAUUAAAAUUCAUCUUACAAUUACAAGGUUCAAAAGAAAUUAAAAAAAGAAACUCAUCCUUGUUGAUACCCCAAGAUGAACACUGGUGAAAAAAGAAAUAAAGGCGCUAAAAGUGCUGUCUUUUAAUUGGUUGAAAAAAGAAGUACCCUUAUGACUUAAUGCUAUUCAGGCUAUUCUUAUUUUCAUUUCUAUCAUGUUGCCAUUUUAUGUAACAUUUCACCAUAAUUUUCUGUUGAGGGGAGAACCCUCUUUCGUUUUCAAUAGCAAAAAACAAAAUAAUUUUCUGGGGAGGGAAGACCCCUAACUAAAGUGACCAUUCUUACUGUUUUUACCAGUACAGUACUUGAAUUAGGACAUUAGAAUUUUUUCUGUUUAGUCUAUUUUUAAAAAGAAUGCCUCAUUCUGAGUGUAACCAUAAAUAAUUGUUUAUUGUUUGACACCCAAGGGGCUGAAAACUUUAAAUGUCCUGGAUAUAAAUUUGAAGAAAAAAAAAUGGUCACCUUUUGCUGAAACAAAGUACGGUAUUGCUAAUUAAUUACAAGACGUCUUACGCAAUAGGCUCAGUUUUAAUAAGAUAAAAUAAGAUUCUUUUGUUGAUCAAAACAAUUGGAAAUGUUCUUUUAUUACAUUGUACAUACACUAUACAUUUUCAGCACAUAAAUAAAUACAUAUUUUAUUUUAAUUAAAUUCCACAUUUUCCAAAUAUAACAAUUUCAAGUAAUCUAGUUGUGAAAAAAAUGUAGGCAGACACUAUUCAAUUGUUGCAGUAAACCUUACACCUAAUCCUGUGUUAAUGGCCACAGUAGAUAUGUAUUUUUAGAAUACACAGUACACAGUGGGGGGCCGUUACAAAUAUUGACACUCUAGAACAUACAGUAUUAAAAUAUAGUGCUCAGUAAGAAAACAAACAUCAACUAUAUGAAAAUGAGUAUGCAAAAGAAAUACACAUGCUACAGACCAUUAGCUGUCAGUCUCUUUGAUGAAACUGAGACAAGCAUGUUUUACGCUACAAAUAAUUCUUAACUAAAAUUCAUUAAGACUAAGAAACCUGCAUUUCUUCCAAUCCAUUUAACGGAUUCUAUUUUUUAAAUUUAAAUUACCAUGAGAUUAUACUUGAUUAAUUAAGAAUGGUUUUUAGUUUAUUUAUGUACUAGCGAGUACCCGGCAUGCAUUGCAAUGCCAAAUAACGAAAGAACGUGUUUGUGUUUUAAUUACGUUUUUUGGAGUACUUUUUAUAAAGACAAUAUUUCUUUGUUUUUACGUCUAGUGCGUACACAAAUAAAUUUGAAAGAUUUUAGGACAUGUGAGCAGGCCACAUACAGCUGUCCAUGUGAGAAGCAUGGAAAUUCAUAAUUUAGGACACACACUUUUAGCGAUCGAUCCACCCAUGCAAUAGCUCUGAUUGAUAUUAUAUUUAUAUAGCUCAUAUAAUUUAAAAAAAAACAAAUUUUUUGCAAACGGAAUACUGUAAAAUGGUUGUACUAAUUCAGAACCUUUGCAGGCCUGCGCAGAACAACUCACCUUGCAAUAGGACGAAUGGUACAGGAACGCAUGCGGAAAUUAUAUUUAAAUAGCUCAUUUUAGAAAAAAAAGAAUUUAGAGCCCCCCGCCCCAAACUGAAUAUGUUAAAAUUAUUGUAAUAAUUCGCGGGUGUGCGGACAACUCACCAAACUUUUAUUAUAUUGAUAAUGCUCAUUUAAGAAAAAAAACAAUUAAAGGCCCCGGGCACAAAACGAAACAUUGUUUGACACCCAUUUUAAUCUUAAAAUAUGGAGCAAUAUUUGUGUUUUCACAUAUGCCCAGUCUUGAUGCUAAAGAUCUAAUAAAUAGCCUCCAAAGACACAAACAGGUCAUAAUUUUUCACCUGCCCACAUGACACAUACUUCUUAAUUCCCACCGUAACUGUAUAAAACCAGAUAAAACACUGUUGUGCCGUCUCUGCAGAGAUCCAAAUGAGACAGUAACACAUCACCACUUUCACUGCCCAGCACGUCAAGACUUAGCCUAAACUACCGUCCAAAAACACCAGACUCCACAAACUCUCUAUAUACAAAAAAAAGAAAAGCUUGGAGUGGAGCGUUUUUAAGUUCUUCACCAUGGCAGGAGGCCAAAGGGCACACGCCCAAAUGGCCACUGGAUUUGAAUGAUGAUGAUGCUUCUGAAAAUAUGAAUCUAGGUUUUGAAUUAAACACGAUUAAUUUUAAAUUCUGCUUGCUUAGAUUUAGAUUUUAGAUUGAGCAAGAAAAUGGAGUAAUUAAUACAUAUUUGCAUUGUUAUAAAUUAUUACCUCUAGUGAGUAUUGAGAAAGCAAGCUACUGGUAUAAAAAAUAUUCUUUUGGGAAAACUAGAUGUAGCGUGUCCCAUUUUUAAUUGUUUAAAGUCAUCAAUAAAAUUAAAUUUUACCUCUCUCUGUUUUGUAAGACAGUCAACCUACCCUAACCUUUUUUUUACAUCAAUUCCCCCCCCCCCUCUACUAAUUUUCCUCUACUUGUACCCAUCCCCCUUACGUUCCGUCCUAGGCUAAAUGCUCAUUUCUAUGUCCUAUAUGUUGCGUGUUCCAUUUUUUAUUUUUUAAAGUCAUCAAUAAAAUUAAAAUUUUCCCCUCUCUGUUUUUUAAGACCGUCCACCUUCCCUAACCUUUUUUUUUCAUCAAUUCCCCCCCCCCCCUCUACUAAUUUUCCUCUACUUGUACCCAUCCCCCUUACGUUCCGUCCUAGGCUAAAUGCUCAUUUCUAUGUCCUAAAAUCUAAACUAUCCUGUGCCACCCAAACUACAAAUACCCUCUUACCCAUUCAAUCUGAUCUGUGAUAAUAGCUAUGUAAUAUCAAGAAAGUAACUUCUUUCUGUUUCAGACAAGAAUGCAAUGCCUUGUUCCUGAUCCUAAGGCUGACUAUCGAAGUGUUGUGGAUGCCCUAAACAAAAUUGUUCGGCACGAGGGAAUUAAAAAUACUGUCAGGGGAUUCAGUGCUAUGGCUCUUGGUGCAGGACCUGCUCAUGCUUUGUACUUUGCCUGUUAUGAAAAGGUCAAGCACAUUUUGAGUGGUGGGAAGCAAGGAAAUCAUUAUGCACAUUGUGAGUUUUUUGUGUGUGGUUUUUGAUGGUUAAGAAUCACCCAUAUAAAUCUCGUGGUUCAUAUCCCUCUUCCAACUUUCAUUUUGAUUUAAAAGCCUCUUUCUUUCUCUUGUUUUAUGUCUGAUUGUUCUCUUUUGAUAACUUGAAAGUAUUUUUACUCAGAAAGUCAUUGUCGUCUCAUCUUUAACUAGAACAAUGUUGCUUCAGCAUUGUAUUAAUGGGAAUAAGAUACUUCUGUGUGCUUAGUAUUCAGCAUUCUGUGGUUAUGUAGUUGUGUAUAAUCAUUUAUGCAACACUAAUAUUUAAUAUAUAUAUAAUGUAUAUUUUACAUUUUAUUCUCAGUUUGUGCAGGAAGCACUGCAACACUCUUUCAUGAUGCAAUCAUGAACCCAGCUGAUGGUAAGCAUUUUUCUCAUCUUAGUUUCUUUCUCAUUCUUGUAAAAUAAAAAUUUUGCUUUCUUAGAUACCUUUUUUUUUAGGGAUUCCAAUCUUAAUUAUUCUGGAUUUCACCUGCUUAAAGGUUUCUUUUUUUUCUCCAGUUGUUAAACAACGCAUGCAGAUGUAUGGUAGUCCCUAUCAUUCUACUUGGAUCUGUUUUAGAGACAUCUUGAGAUCAGAAGGUGUUAGGGCAUUCUACAGAAGUUAUACCACCCAGCUUACUAUGAACAUACCUUUCCAAUCUAUUCAGUUUAUAACCUAUGAAGUAAUGCAAGAUCUAUUGAAUAAAGAGCGCAACUAUGAUCCCACUUCUCACAUUGUUGCAGGGGCAUUGGCAGGUGCUGUAGCAGCCAGUGUAACAAUGCCAUUAGACGUUUGUAAAACACUUCUUAACACUCAAGAGCACUGUGCCAGAAAUCACUUAGCUUAUAUAAAUGGCAUGGCAUCUGCAUUUCGGACUAUAUAUGAAUUUUGUGGUGUGGCUGGAUUUUUUCGAGGACUUACUGCACGCGUUAUCUACCAGAUGCCAUCUACAGCGAUAUCAUGGUCUGUGUAUGAGUUCUUCAAAUACAUGAUUCAUAAAAGAAAACAGCAGUCAUCAGAAGACAUGUACAUAGGAUCCUCUGUUCGUAUAGCUGCCGCAACUGCCAGGUGAAUUGACCUAAACUUAGGAGUAUGUAAGUGUUCUAUUCUUAAGAUAAAAAAGAACCUAUACCAAUAUUUAAUCCCCAUUAUGUUCAUUAGUUUUGCUAAAUCAAUCACCACCCAUUUCUUUCCUAAACAAUUCUCAUAGGUUGUUCAUUUUCCUGUCUACUUGGGUCAAGUUUAAUAUCAAAGACUUUUAACACUCCUUUGCUUUAACUUUCAUCUAAUUAUUUAUAGGGGGGUGCCUUUAUUAAUUAAUAGUUUGAUUAUUUAUUUGACGCCCUAAAACUGCCAAAGUUAACAUAAAAAUUAUUCUUAUUGUGUGGUGUAUUUAUGUUUGAAAUAUUCUUUUUUGAAGAAACAGUCUCAAUCUAACACCAAUAAUACCAAUGCAAGUCAGCAAUGAGCAAAAUAAAAUAAAGGAGUUAAAUAAGUAAGUUGUCAGCUUUAUUUACAAUGCUGUUUAUGGUUGUUCUUUUUUAAAUUGUCACUUUUAUUUAUUUUUUUUAAAUUUCUGAAAUAGGAACUUAAGAUUUGUUCCUUUUUAAUUUGGUUGAAUUUUUGUUCUUGUGUAAUGAUAAUAUUUUCAGUACAGCAAAUAUUAGAGUAGGGAAAUGGAAUAGAUGAGAAGUUUUAAACUAGUGGUAAGGUACACAAAUUUUGAAAACAGCUGGAUUAAAUCAUUAUUAUUUUAUGGGUUACCAACUACUCCACUCUCAAAGCUAUGCUUGUAUCUUUUUAUUUCCUUUUUAUGUCAACAGAGUAAAUUUGCCACAUCUUCUUAACAUUAUAGAGCCAUAUUUAAACAUCUUAAAAGUCACCAUUUAUAUCUUAGUAGAACAAAUUAUGUAUUCCUGAUCAGCAGAUUAGAUAUGCAAAGACACCCUAGUAAUUUUAGAUAUGAUCUUACCUAGGGCAAUAUUAAGCAAGCAAUUAAUAGAAAGAAUUUCCUUUAAUGUUUUUAUUAUAAAAUCCCAAAAUAUUUCCUGUGUCUAUUAAUUUUUUCUACCUUGCCUCCACCAAAAGUCCAAGCAUAAAAUUUUUCAUUUCUUUUACAUUCUCAUUUAGAGUCAACCACCAUGUUUUCUUUUCAAGAAAUAAAAAAAGAACCUUAUUUAAUUUUUUAUGUUUUAUUUCAAGUGUGGAUAUUUAUUUCUUUAUAUACUAGAAUAGAAUACCCUGCAAUCAUAUGCUUCUUUUAACCCACGAACUGUGGUCGGCCGAAAAAAUCGUCGACUUUCUUGUUCUGUACUGUGGCAGCCGAUAAAAAACACUGUCCGAUAGCAACUUCAAAUCCAAUAUUUAAACGGAAUUAUAGCCACUUCCUUUUAUUAAUAGUAGUCCCAGUUUCUUAUAUAAAUGCAAAACUCUCUAAAAAGCUCCGCACCACAGAAUAAUACAUGCCACAGUUCGUGGGUUAACACCCAUAAACUAAAUCAUUGAAAGUGAGGCAACCAUAAUCCCUCAGAGAUGGGUAAACCCAUAUUGUAAAUUUCAAGUAGCUAAAAUCUUCUUACUUUAAAACUGUUUCACUCAUUCUUUUUUUGGACCACAAUGUCUGGCUUAUUUAUAUAACCAUAAUAAAUGGAAUCAAUUCAUCUAUUUUGAGCAUUUAGCCCAGUAGCUCAACAACUUUGAGAGACCUGCAUUGAGACAUACUGCUGAGUCACUAUAACUUAUCUACAUGUUUUAGAAGUGCCAUUUAGACCCUGUGUACUUUGACACACUUUUGUGUGUGCAAUGUGUGGUGAGGUUGCAGUUAUGCUGUACUGCAGGGUUUCCUAACCAGGGGUACUCACAUCUCCAAGGGGUGCAAGAUGGCGUUUGAGGGGUGUAGGAUUAAGUGAUUUUAAGAUUAGAAACACUGUUGACUUAAAAGUUUUCAAAUAAAUACUUAUUUAUUCUUUUAAUUUCUUCUUAAACAUUUUACUUUAAGGCAUUGGGUCACACGUAUAUUUUCGAACACCUUUAGUAAUUCUCAUAGUAAUUCAAUAAAAAUAAAUAAAUUAGGAGUCCCUUUGUUUCCAAUUUUUAAAUCGCAUUAUUACUUCUAUAAGGGAUGUGAAACUUAGUCAGACAAUUCAUAUAAGGUGUGAAAAUUAGUCAAACAUUGUGAAUGGGGUGCAGAAUAAAAGAAAGGUUGGGAAACACUGCUAUACUGACUAGAAAGGUUAUAGAAUCAAUUUAUUGUGAUGAAUCCAUUUUUAGAAACUUGAUGUUCAGAAAUAACUGAAAUGCAAUAUUUUAUAGGGAAGCUUUUGUUCAGUCAAAUCUAUAGCACUUUAUGUCUAAAAUCUAUAGACUGUUCUGACUACUGUUGUCCACAUUUAUCAUUUUAAUGUGAUUUUGAUUUUAGCUAUUAUAAAUCAGGGGUCCUCAUCCUUAUUGCUGUAAAGAACCUCAUUGAAGAAAUAUACUUAUAAAACUUUUACAUUCCAGGAAAGUCUCAAUGAUAGUGCAUUUUCAAAAUUUUGGCCAAUUCUUAAAUAAACAUCAGGGCUGUAUUUGGGAUACAUACACCGAGGACUUCUAACUUGUAACAAUUGUUUCUUACUGCAAAGCUCUUUGCCUAAUUAGUUCAGAUUCUCCAACUAAAAAUGCUAAUACAACUUUUUAUAUACUUUUAUGUGUGUUUGAUCUACAACAUGGGUGUCAUAAAUCUAUGGUGUGGCUGAAAAUCAAUUAAUUGAUGUUACAUUUACAUGUAUAAAAAUUUAUAUACCCAAAGGUGCCUGCUCAAGUUGGUUAAUGGAUGAAACAAAUAUAUUUAAAUAAAACAUUCCAUGACUUUCCAUAUUUAAAUUAUGAAUUAAAAAAAUAAUUAAAUUUAAUCUAAUAAUUUUACAAUAAAAAUGAUGAAAUAAGAAGGUAAUGAGCGAGCAAGGCACUGUUGAAAGAGAACUUGUAUUUUGUGUAGAAUUCACUUUUAAAAUGACCCAUUUCAGCUGUAUUUUCUUCUUUUUUCUUUGCUAUAUUAUGAAUUAAGAAGUUUAUUGAAAGUUGUUGAGUGCUAUUCAGAAUAUUUUUGUAAUUGAUGGAAAUUCAAAGCAUGCAACAAAAAAUAUGUCUUAUUAAUUAAUGCAGAUUUUAACUUUAAAGUUUUAUAAGGGCAUUUGUGUGAACUAUUCAUUUAUGAACAUGUAGAAUGGCAUAUUAUAGAUAUACCAGAAAAUACUAGAAAUUAAAAAUUAUUUGUUCAGAAUCCCUGUAAGAACUUUUGAAAGUAAAUUUAUGAAAUAGUUUAAAGAAUCUAAAUAUAGUUAAAUGUGUUACCCUGUAUAUAAAAAUUAAAGAUUUGUCUAUUGGUACUGACUACUUAAGCAUUCACUUUGUGAAAAAGCUGUGGAAGGCAAGUUGGCAAUGUUUUGGAAUUCCUGUUGUCAGACCAAGUAUAAUUCAAUCAAAUUUCUUGUAACCAGCGCUGAUCUUUAGCUUUUGGUAGACAUAAAAGACUUAAGAUAAAAGGGGUGUGGUUGGGGGGGGGGGGUUAAGGAUCUGAUGGAUUAGUAUGGAAUUACCAUAGCUUGAGGGUCUGUCUAAGGCUUAUAAUGUAAGUCUUUAGUUAUCUGGGUUGGACAUUUAAAAAAAAAAAUUCUGAACAUAUUUUUGACUAUGUUUAACCAUCCUAAUCCAUCACAUGCUCAUGUUGUGCAGAUGUUCAAAAGAUUGCUUUAUUUAAAACUCCUAUCAAUGUUUUAGAUUAGCUUGCUUACAAUCUUCUUUUGCGAGUGAUAAAUUAGUUUUAUCAAUUUGAAAUUAAUCAGCUUCUCCUUUUAACAAUAAGAAAUAUACACAGGGUAGAGAGAAACUGAGGUAGUCUUAAAAUUAUUAUUAUUUUUUAAAAUGUCAUAGAAAUGGUAGUGAUGUGACAAUUUGUUUCUGAUUUCAUUUCAGUACCCCAAGCAUUAGCAGAUAGCAUUACUCAAAGGCACAGCGCAGCAUACAACUUCAGUUACAGAGAAAUUCAACUUUAAAACAGAUCUAAUGAGUAUGCUUCACUGAAUUAAAAGAGGUCCAAGUGCUAUAAUCUGACAAAACCAAUGAAACUCUACUGCAGAUUUAAAAAAAAAAUCAUUUAUAAAUCAAUAUUAUAAAUCAACACAAUUGAGACAUCAUUUCAAAAUUAAUAAUGUAAGAUUAAUUGAAUUUUUGGUGGUCUUUGAAGGAUAUAAAUUAUAUUAAAAUCAAAUUUCCCCAACGAAUUUUAGUAUUAUUAACAACAGAGCUUUUAGAUUUUGAGCAUGAAAGACAGAUACGAUUAUUAUUCUAGCCUUAUUAAAAAAAUUUUCAUUGUAUAUAAAAUUACUUAUGUUGAGCAAGUGUCAUCUCUGUACAGAUUUUAGUCAGGAAAGUUUGAGAUAAGAAGAAUGAGUGUAAUGAAUUGUGUGAAUGUGGUGGAAAUUAUUUGAACACAACAAAUUUGAAAAUCAGAUCCUUAACAUUGAUUGAAAUGGCGCAAUUUUUAACUUGUUUGAUGCUGUAUAAAUUUAAAAAUUAGCCUUAGCCGCUGUUGGUCUUUCUUGACAUGAUGACUCUAGUGGUCUUACUCUCUGUAAAAUUGAUUGAUUGAAUGAACUGUUGUUUUUUUUUAGUCCAGUUACAAUUUUCCAAUGUCUGUGUACUGAUUGAUCUCAGUGAAUUUAACCGAUCAGCAAGUGGUCUGGUGUUUUAUUUGCAAUGUACUUAUUAUUUAGCAGAUACCUUCAGACAUACAGUGUAUGUGUGAGAUUUGUGAGAAAGGGGUCGGACUUUGCAGAUGUAAAUAAAGCAUGGUAGAUUUAAUACUGCCAAAUACUUAAAUUAAGUCAUUCACGAGGAAAGGGUCAUCCUUAUAUUAGGUAUGAACUGAAAAAAAGGGGGGG